AUGAGAUUCAUUCUCUUGUUAGCCCUUGUGGGGCUUGCGGCAGCCGCCGUUCAUCAACACAAGCUUACCUUCCGUGAGUCGAGACGCAUCCAGAUGAUCAAACGAGGAGAAUGGGGAGCAUAUCGCAAGUAUUUGAAUGAUAUGCGCGAUGCCAAUCCAGCUGAGUUCGGUGUUGUGCCAGAAAAUGUCAACGAUUUUGGGGACUUUGAAUAUCUCGGAAAUAUUACCAUCGGAACCCCUGAUCAAUCAUUUGUUGUCGUUCUUGAUACCGGAUCUGCCAACCUUUGGGUUCCGGGACCAAAAUGCGAUAAGUCGUGCGACGGAAAGAAUAAAUUUGAUUCAAGCAAAUCUUCUUCAUUUGUUGCCAACGGAAAAGCAUGGACCAUUCAAUAUGGAUCAGGAAAUGCUAAGGGAUUCCUAGGAGAGGACACUGUUAGAUUUGGAGGACUUGAUGAGCAACAACUUGUGGUCCCAUCAACCACCUUCGGAAUCGCCACUCAUAUUUCAUCUGAUUUCAAAACCGAUGCAGCCGAAGGAAUUCUCGGUCUUGCUUUCACAUCUCUUGCCGUUGACCACGUUGUUCCACCACUGAUUAAUGCUAUUAACCAAAACCUUCUCGACCAACCAGUGUUCACUGUCUGGCUUGAGCACAAAGGCGCUGCAAACAAUGUUGGCGGAGGUGUGUUCACUUAUGGCGGACUCGACACGACCAACUGCGGAGAAGUGAUCGCUUAUCAACCACUCUCAUCUGCAACAUAUUAUCAAUUUGUAGCCAAAAAGUUCUCCCUUGGAUCGUACAGCAACAGCAAGAAGUAUCAGGUUAUUUCCGACACUGGAACUUCUUUCCUCGGAGGACCAAAAGCGGUUAUCCAAGGGCUAGCCAACGAAUUGGGAGCUACUUACAGCCGCGAAGACGGACUCUACUAUCUCCCAUGUGAUACUAACAAAGGAACUCUUGACAUUCUCAUCGGAGAUAAUACUUAUUCGAUUGAGAAAGUUAACUACAUCAUCAACCUCGACGAUGGAAAAACAUGUGCAUUCGCUGCAUUUGAUUUCAACAAUUUUGGAUUCGGACCAGCCUGGAUUCUAGGAGAUCCUUUCAUCCGUCAAUACUGCAACAUUCACGAUAUUCAACAACAACGAAUGGGAUUUGCAAGAUCUCUUCAGCCCACUCUCUAA